AUGUCCGCCAAGUCGAUUCUUGAAGCUGAUGGCAAGGCCAUCCUCAACUACCACCUCACCCGGGCUCCUGUCAUCAAGCCGACUCCUCUCCCUCCUUCCUCCACCCACAACCCUCCUCCCAGACUUGCCUCCAUCUACUUUCCCGAAGACGCCGCUGUGAAGGAUGUCUUGGACCAGACGGAGGUUGUCUACCCUUGGCUGCUGACUCCCGGCGCCAAGUUCGUCGCUAAGCCAGAUCAAUUGAUUAAGAGACGGGGUAAGAGCGGUUUGCUCGCUCUGAACAAGACUUGGCCCGAGGCCAGAGAGUGGAUUGAGGCCCGUGCUGGCAAGGAGAUCAAGGUCGAGACUGUCACCGGUGUUCUUCGCCAGUUCCUGGUUGAGCCUUUUGUUCCCCACCCUCAGGAGACUGAGUACUACAUCAACAUCAACUCCGUGCGAGAGGGUGACUGGAUCCUCUUUACACACGAGGGUGGUGUGGACGUUGGCGAUGUUGAUGCCAAGGCCGAGAAGCUUCUUAUCCCCGUGAACCUGAACAACUACCCCUCCAACGAGGAGAUUGCUGCUGCUCUCUUGAGCAAGGUGCCCAAGGGCGUCCACAAUGUCCUGGUUGACUUCAUCUCCCGUCUCUACGCCGUCUAUGUCGACUGCCAGUUCACCUACCUUGAGAUCAACCCUCUGGUUGUCAUUCCCAACGCUGAGGGUACCUCCGCGGAGGUGCACUUCCUUGACCUUGCCGCUAAGCUUGACCAGACAGCUGAGUUCGAGUGCGGUACCAAGUGGGCUAUUGCCCGCAGCCCUGUCAACCUUGGCCUGGCCACCGUUCCCCAGGCUGACGGCAAGGUCAACAUUGAUGCUGGCCCGCCAAUGGAGUUCCCCGCUCCCUUCGGUCGUGAGCUGAGCAAGGAGGAGAAGUUCAUUUCCGACAUGGAUGCCAAGACCGGUGCUUCUCUCAAGCUGACUGUGCUCAACGCCAAUGGCCGUAUCUGGACUCUGGUCGCUGGUGGUGGUGCCUCCGUCGUGUACGCCGAUGCCAUUGCCUCCGCUGGUUUCGUCAGCGAGCUCGCCAACUACGGUGAGUAUUCCGGUGCUCCCACCGAGACUCAGACCUACAACUACGCCAAGACCGUUCUGGACCUGAUGCUGCGCGCACCUAUGCACCCUGACGGCAAGGUUCUCUUUAUCGGUGGUGGUAUCGCCAACUUCACCAACGUGGCCUCGACGUUCAAGGGUGUCAUCCGUGCGAUCCGCGAGGUCGCUCCUGUUCUCAACGAGCACAACGUCCAAAUCUGGGUUCGUCGUGCUGGUCCCAACUACCAGGAGGGUCUCAAGAACAUCAAGGCUGUUGGUGAGGAGCUGGGUCUUAAGAUGCACGUGUACGGUCCUGACAUGCACGUCAGUGGUAUUGUCCCUCUUGCUCUGCUGGGCAAGAAGACCGAUAUCAAGGAGUUCGGUUCUGCUUAA